GGCGGCGGCGGCUCGUUUGCGCGUCGCGCUGGCGGCGGCGGCAUGGGGCUGAGCCGAGUGCGGGCGGUCUUCUUCGACCUGGACAACACGCUCAUCGACACGGCCGGCGCGAGUCGGAAGGGCAUGUUGGAGGUGAUAAAGCUCUUACAAUCAAAAUACCAUUACAAAGAAGAGGCUGAAAUCAUCUGCAACAAAGUUCAAGUUAAACUCAGCAAGGAAUGUUUUCAUCCUUCUAAUACAUGCAUUACUGACCUCAGGACUUCACACUGGGAAGAAGCAAUCCAGGAAACCAAAGGCGGUGCAGCCAAUAGGAAAUUAGCUGAAGAAUGUUAUUUCCUGUGGAAAUCGACACGUUUACAGCACAUGACGCUGGCUGAAGAGGUCAAAGCCAUGCUCACUGAACUUCGAAAGGAGGUCCGCCUUCUCUUAUUGACAAAUGGAGAACGACAGACCCAGAGGGAGAAGAUUGAGGCUUGUGCCUGUCAGUCCUAUUUUGACGCUAUUGUUGUGGGUGGAGAGCAGAAAGAGGAGAAACCAGCACCUUCCAUAUUUUAUUACUCCUGUGACCUCCUCGGGGUACAGCCUGGGGACUGUGUGAUGGUUGGUGACACGCUGGAAACUGAUAUUCAAGGAGGCCUCAAUGCAGGGCUGAAGGCAACAGUCUGGAUAAAUAAAAAUGGGGUGGUGCCCCUGAAGUCAUCCCCCACACCACAUUAUAUCGUUUCUUCUGUGCUAGAGUUACCUGCCCUCUUACAUAGCAUAGACUGCAAAGUCAGUGUGUCCGCUUAAAGCACAGAAAACGGUAUGCUUAUGAAUUUUAGGGUCAAAUUACAGGGUUCCAGCUAAGAAAAGAUAAGGCAUUCUCUAUACUGUGACCCAAUUAUAAGGAUAAUUACAGUUGUUGUGUAAUGGCCAACCAACCAUUGACUGGUAUUUAUAUCUGAAAAUCCAGAGUACAGUAAUACAAGUUACUUUUGGUAGUGUCAUCCAGGAAACUUUGAAGAAGUAUAUUUGUUAAUCUGUGGCUUGAAAUUAAAAAAAAAAAAAAAUUAUUAAUCUGUUAGCAUCUUGGAUCUCUGAAGAUACCAAGGAGGAUGAUUUGUUCUUGGAUGCACAAAUACAGAUUUUAUGUUUUGGCUUAAAAAUAGAUUAAAAAAAAAAAAAGCUAUUCUGAAACAUAUAUAAUAGAGAUUUAUUAGAGCAGUUGGAUCUGGUUGAUAGGAAGUAAGUACCAAGUCACAUGCCAAUCAAAGCAUUUCAUAGUGAAAUUAUUUCCAUAUUUUUCUGUUUUAAAAACAUGCACCAUAUUUUUGCCUACUUUGAAUGUAUACUUCUCUUAUGAAUCUAAUUUUUCUGCCUUACCUUUUUGUGGGGAGAGGGGAUAGUUUUCCUAUGGUGUGUAUAUGACCAAUAAAUUCUUCCAGUAAAAAAGCUGUUAAACUCA